AUGGCAUCUGGUGGCAGCUCGAGCUUUGAUCGGGGAGCGACGGCGGGAUCUUUUGCCGUUCCGCAGUUUACCCUUUCUUCAAUGGACGCCGGCGCCCAGGCAGGCAUCGUAGGCACUGUUGGCGCUUCAGCUGGAUUGCCAGCGCCGACUGCGGCGCUACCUCCUCGACGGGUGGAGGACAUGUCGUCUCAGGAAAUAAUCCAGAUGCUUCCAGCGGAGGACCAGUAUGCUAUUGCGCGGGUCGCAUCGCAAGGCAGAUGGACUGGACUCUUCACCGCAGCCGCCACUGGCGCCUGGGUUUUCAGAGCACUGCGGCGCAGAGGAGCGCCGAUGCCUGCAGCGGGGGCAGUUUUGCUGGGCCUUACCUUGGGAUAUCCGCUCGGUGUCUCCCUCACAGUUGCCUACAAUGGCAGGCUUCUAAAGAGAGUCAGCACCGAUAUCCUAGAACUGCAGCGCCGCAGUCGGGAGGCCUACACCGGCUCGGCUGCGGGAUAUGAGUCGACUUUCCCUGGAUGGACGAACCCUCAAUCGCAGCAAGCCCCGUGGACACGUCCGAGCUCGGGGCAGCAGCAAGGGCCGCAGACGAACUGGUCGGAUACAUCGCUUGCUAGUGGCAAUUUCGGGGAUGCUUCUUCCGGACUUAUGAACGAUAGAUGGAGCGAAGGCGACUCUACCAACAAAUCAACCAAGGAUGAGAUCCUCAAGGAGUAG